GCCCCUGCCCCCGGGAGCCGAGGGCGCGGACGCGGGGCUGCACGCCCGGGGGGCUGCGGGGGCCGCGAUGUUCAGCUGGCUGGGUUCCGACGACCGCCGGCGGAAAGACCCCGAGGUCUUCCAGACGGUGAGCGAGGGGCUCAAGAAGCUCUACAAGACCAAGCUGCUGCCCCUGGAAGAGCAUUACCGCUUCCAUGAGUUUCACUCGCCCGCCCUGGAGGAUGCGGACUUCGACAACAAGCCCAUGGUCCUGCUGGUGGGCCAGUACUCCACGGGGAAGACCACCUUCAUCAGGUACCUCCUGGAACAGGACUUCCCUGGCAUGAGGAUUGGGCCUGAGCCGACCACUGACUCCUUCAUCGCCGUGAUGUAUGGACAGGUGGAGGGGAUCAUCCCUGGGAACGCCCUGGUGGUGGAUCCUAAGAAGCCUUUCAGGAAGCUCAACGCCUUCGGCAAUGCCUUCUUGAACAGAUUCGUGUGUGCCCAGCUGCCCAACCCCGUGCUGGAGAGCAUCAGCGUCAUUGACACUCCAGGGAUCCUCUCUGGGGAGAAGCAGAGGAUCAGCCGAGGGUACGACUUUGCGGCCGUCCUCGAGUGGUUCGCAGAGCGCGUGGACCGCAUCAUCCUGCUCUUUGAUGCCCACAAGCUGGACAUCUCUGAUGAGUUCUCCGAGGUCAUCAAGGCCCUCAAGAACCACGAGGACAAGAUGCGGGUGGUGCUGAACAAGGCGGACCAGAUCGAGACACAGCAGCUGAUGCGGGUGUACGGGGCCCUCAUGUGGUCCCUGGGGAAGAUCGUGAACACCCCAGAGGUCAUCCGCGUCUACAUUGGCUCCUUCUGGUCCCACCCCCUUCUCAUCCCUGACAAUCGGAAGCUCUUUGAGGCCGAGGAACAGGACCUGUUCAGAGAUAUUCAGAGCCUGCCCCGAAAUGCUGCCCUGCGCAAGCUCAACGACCUCAUCAAGAGAGCCAGGCUGGCCAAAGUUCAUGCCUACAUCAUCAGCUCCCUGAAGAAGGAGAUGCCGUCAGUGUUUGGAAAGGAUAAUAAGAAGAAGGAGCUGGUGAACAACCUGGCUGAGAUCUAUGGCCGCAUCGAGCGGGAGCACCAGAUCUCACCUGGAGACUUUCCCAACCUGAAGAGGAUGCAGGACCAGCUGCAGGCCCAGGACUUUAGCAAAUUCCAGCCACUGAAAAGCAAGCUGCUGGAGGUGGUGGAUGACAUGCUGGCCCACGACAUUGCGCAGCUAAUGGUGCUGGUGCGGCAGGAGGAGACGCAGCGGCCCGUCCAGAUGGUGAAGGGUGGAGCGUUCGAGGGCACCCUGCAUGGUCCCUUCGGGCACGGCUACGGGGAGGGGGCCGGGGAGGGCAUCGAUGACGCCGAGUGGGUGGUGGCCAGGGACAAGCCCAUGUACGAUGAGAUCUUCUACACCCUGUCACCGGUGGACGGCAAGAUCACAGGUGCCAAUGCCAAGAAGGAGAUGGUGCGUUCCAAGCUGCCCAACAGCGUGCUGGGCAAGAUCUGGAAGCUGGCUGACAUUGACAAGGACGGCAUGCUGGAUGACGAGGAGUUUGCCCUGGCCAACCACCUCAUCAAGGUCAAGCUGGAAGGGCACGAGCUGCCCAAUGAGCUGCCCGCCCACCUGCUGCCCCCAUCCAAGAGAAAAAUGGCUGAGUGAUGGACGGAGGAGGUUCAGAGCCGGCAGGGGUCAGAGGAGAUAGAGAGGAUCACACACACACACACACACACACACACACACACACACACACGUGCGCGUACACAUGCGUGAAGAGCUUGAGAACUGCACUGUAGAUGAGAAGGGGCAGGCAUCCCCAGGCUUCCAGGCUGGUCUUUGGACACAUCUCCAAGUCCUCAGCAUUGGGAGACACACGGGAGCGCUCACAGGGCCUCAGGACGGCCUCCAUCCCUCUCUCCCUCCCAUCUCCCACCACCCAGAGAGCUGCCUUCUCCCGCAGAGGCAGCCCCCUCCCAACGGUGGCCCCUCCACCUCCAGAUCCCAGGCUCGGAGCAGAUGGAAAAGGCUUCUCCCUUAUUAGGCGCUGCACUGUUUGCGGUGCUGUCUUCCCCUAUUUGGCUUCCCAGAGGGAAGCAAUGCUCCAGGGCCGAGAGAUGUGAGGGAAGGGGCUGCUGCGGGCAGCCUAGAAGGAAGCAUCCUCGGCCGGGUCCCGGACUGGAAGAGACAUGGCCCUGAGCUCUGUGCUUCCCCAGGCUCAGCCUCUGUCUGCCUGGCUGACCAGUCCUUGAACCCUGCCCUUGCUUCAUUUCAAAGAAUCUCAGAUCUGGAGAGAAAAGAGGAAAAAUUGGCAGGGAAGAAGGCAAAGAAGUUGCCCUAAAUCCUCAACUCAGAGCCAGUCAGGGUGGCUUUACUCCACAGAUUUGGGGAGGUUCGUGUUUUUUCCCACCCAGCCCUGAUGUUUGAAUGACCAGACCCUGCUCCCAUUCAUCCAGCCGCUCCUGGGUGCCAGGAACUGUACUGGGCACUUUACACACAUUAUCCCAUUCGGCCCUCGCCGCCCCCCAAGGAGAUGAGCACCAGUCCCCCCACUUGGCAGAUGAGGAGCUUGAGACUCAGAGGACUUUAGGUGACUUUCUCAAAGUCGCAGAAGCCACAUGUGCUAGAGAGAGGAUUCAGAGCCAGGACCUCAGACCCUUCCUUCUGCCUGCGGCGAUGUGUACAGGAUCCCGGCACUGCUAGCCGCCGAUGAACCUGAGGCGAACAGGCCAAGCAUGCAAGGCACCUCCCAGAGCAGGCGGGUGAGGGAGCAGGGCCAGCCGGCAUUUUGUGGGCCAUCAGUCUGGCCAUCUGUCACAUCACAGAAGCAAACCGUGCCGUCUGGCUACGCAGCCCAUGUUCCUAAAGUCACAGAAGUCCAACAGCGCCAGCGGGAGAGUGGGUCGGCCUGCUGGAUGCUGUUUGCCCCUGUCAAUGCUCCACCACCCACCCAGGGCCUGGAAUCACCCAGCUCAGAGGCAGCCACCUCGUCUCCUCAAGUGGGUCUCGUGCUGAUCCUCAGAAAGCUAAUGUGGGGGGUCUGAGGUCAUGUUCCCUGCAGGAGCCCCAGCGACCCUGCAGCAUCCUUGACACAUCCCUGCCAUUCUCAGUGCCCUACGCCCUCCUUCGUGGUCUUUCCCUUGGCUUGCUUUGUGGCCACUGAACCAAUCACUUUGUAUGCUAUACUCCUACUGUGAUGGAAAAUAGAAACAAGUGUAACUUAUUUUAUAUCUAUGUUCAAACUAUAUAGAGAAUAUUCUAUGUACUAUGAUGUGCUUACUACUGCAGUGCAUUUGUCAUUAGUAUUCAUGUUAAUACAGCACAUUUAUCCUUUGGUA